UCAAAACUUUCGUAAUGUUUACCAAAGAGAAUAUUUUAAACACUACCUACGUUCUCAGUUCACUGUUUACCUAAUACUAAUUACGAUUUUCCACUUCCCCGUGCUUUCUUGAAAGUUCUGAUCUGAUAAUUUUUUCUCUGGAGUCUAGAUUUGGGACACAUAAUACAGUUUUCAUCUCGAAUGAUAAAACGUACAUGAAGCAAAUAACAUGAAUAGGGACAAGCGUGAAAUGGAUUAUCCGACUGAACUCGAGUCACAAUUCAUUCUUCGACUGCCAGAAGAACCUGCAAAAGUGCUGAAUGAUGUAUUAAAGUCUGGUGAAAACUUAAAAAACCGUCUCUCAAUACAGAUUGAGAACGACAUGAGACAUGGAGAGGUUCGUUUUGACCAUUGGCUUAUGCACGCCAAAAUCGUGGACCUACCCACGAUAAUAGAAUCCUUGAAGACUAUUGAUAACAAAAGUUUUUAUAAAUCCGCUGACAUUUGUCAAAUGAUGCUAUGUAAAUUCGAACCAGACCAGCCUGAAGAGGAAUCACCUUCAAAAACUAAAAAGAAGGACCCAUAUAAAGUCGAUAAGAAGUUCCUGUACCCUCAUGGCAUCACACCCCCUACUAAGAAUGUUAGGAAACGUCGCUUCCGAAAGACGUUAAAGAAAAAGAACAUUGAAGCACCAGAAAUAGAGAAAGAAGUAAAACGGUUGUUGAGAGCUGAUAAUGAGGCGGUGAGUGUAACUUGGGAGGUUAUCCAAGAAGAUGAAGAGCAACAGAAGCCGGAAACUAAGACACCAGCUCAAGUGAAAUCUGAAAAGAAGAAAUCUGCAAAGUCAACUAAGAAAGAAGCUGUUGAUAAGCAAACUAUUGAUAAGUCUAAUGUAGUUGAUAUAUUUGGUGGAGCUGUCAGCGACAGUGAUAAUGAAGAGGAAACAAGAGGUAUGGACGAUAGUGGAAUGUCACAGUACAGCCGCAUGUCAGAUAGCAUGCAGGAUAAAAUACAAGAAACCUAUCCAUUCCAAUUUGAGCCACAAAUGUUCCAGAAGAAAGACUCCAACAUCAAAAUGGAACGAAAUGCUGCUGCAAAAACAGAACAAAGUAUGUCACAACAGAUGGAAGCAAGUGGAAGUUCAAGGCAAUAUGAUGAAGAGGAUUCUCGGGAUAAUGACAAUAUGGCAAUGAGAAUUGAACAAGUGAAGGCAGAGCUGGAUGAAUUAAAAGAACGGAGGCAAAGAACUCAACAUGGUAUGGAGGGGAUCGAGAACCUGGCUUUGAAACAGAGAUUCCAAGAGGUCCUGCAUACAUUGAACCAGGACAUCAUGUUCAAAGAGAUGGAAUAUCAAGGGCUGAUUACAUUACACACUUCUGAAGACAUUUAAAAUUAAUGAAAAUUGUUAUAUUUCCUAUUCUUCCUACUGUGGUUUCUGUGGAAGGAACACCACAAAUUAGCCAAUAUCAUGUUAAAAUAGACCAACAAGCUUAGAGUAUUUGAUUUCUAAUUUUAAUGGUAGUGAUUGGUGCUAAAGAUUGUAACAAGUUUUAUUUUCUUAUUUUAUACCUGAAACAAAUAUACAUGCCGUUAGACUAUACAAAUAUACACAAAUAUGAUUACUUAAAUUAUUAAAUAUAAGUUAUUAGUCAUUUUUACAACAUAAUCUUAUUCUUGAAACAAUGGUAUUUAUUCAGAGCUAUUAUUAUAGCGCCGUAUUUACAUACACUUGUACUUGUCAAAAAUUGUAAACGAAUUAAAAUAAAUAAACUUAAUUAAAUUA